UAGAUUUUGAUGCGAAAUUACUAAUUCGGUUUUCAUGGUUAUUUUCAAAGGCCAGGUGAACGCAUUCAGCGAUGAGAUUUCUGCACAGUUUAAAUUUCUGAUGCAUUUUCGGUUAAAGUCGCUGCGACUCCGGUAAGGAAUUAGGGGAUUGGAUGCUGGAAGGAUGGAUUAAAAAAAAAAAAAACAUUUAAGCAAACAUCCCAAAGCCUCCGGCUUUUCUCGCUUAAGUUUAAUGGGACUCUAGCUCCCCUGCGCGGUUGCGCGGUGUCACACCCGCCCCCCGUCCUCCCUUGGUCCUCCAGCGGGUCUACCUUCUUGUCGCUCCCCUCCACCCCAAAGCCUCGUCGUUUGCCAGUGAACUCUGACUCCGCUGGACGGGAGAUACCAGCCCGGGGCCUGUGCAGCAGUAAGGGGCGGCUAUGCAAAACGUGCCGCUUGUGGACAAAAAUGUGCAGCUUUACAUGGAAACGCACUUUGAGCCUGUGUGGUCUUGGUCACCAUGACACCCAGCAGAGGAUUCUGGGAUUGAGACACAGCUCACUCCCACAGAUGGCCUGGACUGGGUGUGAGCUGGCCUGCUAGAGCAAUGGGAAGCUGCUGGAGCUGCCUGUACAAAGACACGGUCCCAGACAACCACCCCACCAAAUUCAAGGUGACCAAUGUGGACGAUGAAGGCAAUGAGCUGGGCUCUGGCACCAUGGAGCUGACGCAGACGGAGCUGGUGCUGCACACACGCAAGCGGGACGCUGUCCGGUGGCCCUACCUGUGCCUGCGGCGCUAUGGCUACGACUCCAACCUCUUCUCCUUUGAAAGUGGCCGCCGCUGCCAAACAGGACAGGGGAUCUUUGCCUUCAAGUGUGCACGGGCAGAGCAGAUCUUCAGCUUGCUGCAGGAGCUCAUGCAGUGCAACAGCAUCAAUGUGGUGGAAGAGCCAGUCCUGAUGGGCAGGCCAGGGCACGCCCCUGGCCACGCCCCCGAAAUGGAUCUGCCCCGCACACCUCAGACGCCGAACACUCCAGCGUACUCCGUCCAGGGAUUCCCCAAUGGAUACCCGGGCUACCCCAUCAGCGCAGACUCGUCACACGCUUCGUCUCGCCACCCCUCACUGGCUGACGAGCAAGGCCACAGCCUCAUGGGCCUCGAUGACCAGACCCACACGUAUGUGAACACAGCCACUGUGGAGGGAGAGGUCAGAGGUCGACACUGUGUCCACUCUCUACCUGAGGUACGGCCUAGCCCUUUUCCCGAAACCGCACGGAGUAUGCCAUCAGCAACAGGCCAGGGGGGUGUCCAUCCCAGCAUGCACUGCUGUCCCCACGAGGAACACGGAGACCCUCAGGUCUUCCUGCAGACGGCCUCGCAAGAGGCGAAGUUCAUGCUGGGACCCACCCCAGCUCAGCGGCACCUCCUGGAACGGGACAGGGAGAGGCAUGUGCACCACGGGCACGGAAUCCGGGGCUUGGAAGAGGGAGGUGUGGCCUCAGAGGCAGAGCCGCUACACCCACGCAACCCCCACGCGUACCACCACCAUCACUACCACCACCAUCCGGAGGGCUGCCACAUGGCACGGCUCACCUAUGAGAAUGUCGAUGGCCUGCGAGGGGCGGGCCGGCGGGGCGGGAUCGCCCGGCGGCUCAACCUGUGUCCUGGCAGCACGUCACACUCCGGGGGGUCCAGCAGUAGCAGCAGUGGAGGGGAUGGCCUCCCAUUGGCCCUCCCGCACAGUCACAGUCACGGGCCCGCCUCCUUAGCCCCACAAGCCUAUGGCUGUGAGCGGGGUGUGGGCAUGGCUGGGCCGGGGAUGGGUGGGGCCCACCGCAGAACAGCUCUGCUGAAUUACGAGAACCUGCCGUCUCUGCCCCCCGUGUGGGAGUACCGAGCCCUGCAGAGGGAGGAGGACGAGGAGGAGGAAGAGGACGAAGAGGGAGGCCAGGAGGAAGACGAGGAGUACGAGGAAGAGGACUAUGAUGAGUACGAGCUCUCGGAGGGGCCAGGCACGCCCAAUGGGUACCACCAGGACGGAGGCCAUGCCCUGCGUGAUUACGUGAACACGGGGCAGGUGGGACUGGCCCUAUCGCGCCGGCAGCACUGCCCGGCGGCCAGGCCGGGGCCAGGCGGGGUAUUCAACUUUGAUUUCCGCCGGGGUGGGGGAGGGGGGCAGGGUGUGGGUACAGGGGGUUGCGAGCAUGGACACACCCCUCCCUCGCGGCAGCUCAACUACAUCCAGGUGGAGCUAGACGCCGAGCGAGGCCGUGAGGCCCUGGCAGCGGGAGGGGGCCCUCCGGGUGCUCGUCGCAGUGAGUUCUACGCUGUCAUUGACCUGAAGAAGACUGCUGCCAUGUCCAACCUGCAGAGGGCGCUGCCACGAGAUGACGGCACAGCCCGCAAGACGCGCCACAACAGCACUGACCUACCGCUGUGAACUAUGUGUCUGGUCCUGACCCAUUCCCUUACCUUCCAUGUGAUUGGCUGAUAGCCUGAAGGGUGGACUAAAACAGUGAAAUCAGAAGAACAGUAGAGUGAGAGUCAUUCCUCCAAUGAGGCCAGGGGGCCGGCCAUCCGUGUGAGGGGGGAGGGUCAACCCUUUGGGGUUCUUGUACCACCUCUAAAGCUGUCAUCACCUCCUCCUCGUGUUUUAUUUCAUUUUUGUCUAGAGCUGCUCUUUCCUGUCAUUUGUCUUGCCACAGGAAGGGCUGAAGUUUGGUUACUGGUGACCUGAGAGCUCUGAGCCCUUUGUGGUUAGUAGAAUGUAAGUCUGUGAAAGGCAAGAACAGUCAUGCACAUGCACUUGCACAGGCACAUGGGCACUAGGAGAGCGACUGCUACAGGAGGGCACCUGCUCCUUUGCAAUAAAUAGAAACUAGUGUCACAUGGACAAAAUCCCAAGACUGUACUGUAGCCCCUUACAACCUAGACUGUGCUUUGGUCCCUAAGACCCAAGACAGUACUGUAGCCCAUAAGACCCCAGACUGUACUGGAUUCACUAAGAUCGAGGACGUGGAGCUCAGGCUAAAGGUGUCCGCAUUUCCUAGUGCUCAGGGGACAAAGUUAAGUGGAGAACGUUGUCCCACGCAUGUGCUGCCUUCACUAAGCCAUCACACUGCCUGUAAGAGUGAGAACCGCUUCUCACUGAUGUUUGCUAAAGGCUCUCUGGACAUAUGCUUGUGAAGUAAGGGAACAUCCAAGCAGUGUGACGUUUUUAUUUGUCCAGUCCGCCCUCACAGAGUUUCAAGUACUUUGUUGUUGCCAGAAAAUAAGGCUCAGUCAGUUUUUCCCCACAAAUUAUAACAUUAAAUCUGACACAGCAAUUCCCUAUUCCACAUCUAACCCGUGUGUCAAAUAUUGACAAUUUUAUUCAAGGGCACAUGGUUUUCUGUAAUGGAAAAGGCACCUUCAGUGGAAACCAUGUCCUGAACACACCCAUGUGUUAAGAACAGGGGUUUCCACAGAAAUCACCUAUAGGUCGGAUUGUAACAGCCUUAUGGAAACAACAGUCCUUGUUAGCUAAUUUAAAUACAAAAAAUGAAUCUGCAAAUAUCCUGUCAGGUCACCCCGGUACGAAACGGAGAACAGUGGGGAUGUAACCUAUGUGUUUUCAAGAAGGGUCUGUUUGCUAUAUUUUAUUAUUUUAAUCAAGUUGCUCACUUUUUAUUUUUGCUGCUUUAUUUCUUUUUUAUCUAACAGUCUGAGAUUUGGCCCAGUACGUCCAUCUGCAUUUCAUCAUUUUUUUCUGAUGGCUGGCAGGUAGAAGCAUCCGGUGAGGAUGAUAUCCAGCAUGGUGCCUGAGAACUCUCCCGAUCUGUCUUUGCUUAUUCAGCUAUGAAUUUAAUGGCCAUAAACUUCUCUAGUGGCUUUAAGAAACCGUACACUUGCUUGUUGGGCCCAUUCACCAGUGCUGCACUCACUGUGGAUCGACCCUGAGUCACGGCGGCACCCACAGCAGGCGCCGCAGCCACAAACCAAUCGCCGGAGUGCCGUUUUUUGGUUGCCUGCCGUCUGUUGUGCAGAAUCCUUGUUACCGAGUGUGUCCUCUAUGGGGCAGAAUUAUCUUUGGUUCAGCUAUGCUGCUGUAACUGCCCCACAUUGAGAAAGCCUGCAAAAGUUGUGUCUGUUUCACUGUGGAGGUAUGACCAGUACGUCUGAAUCACACUUUCAUCUGACGCACAACUCUUAUGUGUGAGGAGUGUGUCUGUUGCGUUAAAGUGCCAAAUCUCUGAAAUUCACACAGUCUGAACAUGCGCGCAGAGAGCAUUUGCUCAGUACUUCAUUAUAGUGCCAUUGUGGUCAGCUUGCAACUUGAGGGCUAAGCAUUAAAACCCAAAUACCUCACUGAUGUUAUCUUAUUUUUAAACUGUGGAUGAGGGCCACCUACAGGGACACACCCUACCUUGCAAUUUCUUCACUCAUAAACCCAUGUGCGGUUAGUAGUUUGUAUAGAUGGUCAGAUUGAGUGACCUGCACUUUGUGUGUUUCCCCUGCCCCCUUCAGACUGACCUCUGCUGGAGACACUCUGUAUUGCUGGGUCUCCCACAGCAGGUGGUACGGGUUUGACAGAAAAAAAGGGGUCAGAACCCGUGCAUUAUGGUUCAACUACCAAUAAUGGUGUAUCAUGUGGUGCAGGUGUAUAGUUUUAGUUCAUCUUUAGAUUUAUCAUGACCGCACUUUUGGUUCUAUGUCUGUGAAAAUAUGUGCUGUUCUUUUGUAGGGUUUGUUUGUGUAACUGUAGCGGGCCAGCAGGUAACGACCAAGCUGCUUCAAUCCCCUUGUGAUAAAGUGGUAGGCUGCUGUCUUGCUUCUGGCCAACCUUGACCAACCAACUGAACCACUUGAGUUCCAUGCCAAACUCCCCCCCCCCCACCACAACCAUCAUCUGGCCAACUUUGUUCUAUUUUAGAACAUUCAUGCAGGAUGUGUCUGUCUGUGCCUCCAUGUAGGAAAUAAUGCAUAUUCCAGAUGGUUACUGCAUUCCUUUGUGUGUGUGUGUGUGUGUGCGCGUGUGUGUGUGUGCGUGUG